GUGACUGAUCUCUCUGUUUUUUCACCCGAUGCCGAAUCAUAGCCCUAGAAGAAGCUCUCUGUUCCAAAGAUCCAAAACUUUACCAACGAACUCAUAUCGGAGAUUCACCUCUCCUGUGAUUCCCACUUUCAGAUAUGAUGACGGAGACGGUGUCAGCUACGACGGUGAUUCAAGUAACUUCGCGGCGAUGCUUACUUCCGAGGAAAAACCUGUACCGGUGCCGAGUCAAUCCCCGAGUCAGAGAAUAACUCGGUUGUGGACUCAUUUCUCUCUCACUCAUUGCCUCAAAUUCAGUUGUUCAUGUUCUUUUACUUAUGUGAUGUUUCUUCGGUCUAAAGUUUCAAGAUUAGAGGCAGAGAAUUUAAUCCUUGUAACAAGAUGUAACAGUAACAGAGUUCCAGGCAGUGACAACAAUGAGAUGGAAGAAACUAAUUCUAGAGCUGUUGUUUUCUUCAGUGUGAUUAUUACCUUUGUGUUGCCAUUUUUGUUGUAUAUGUAUCUUGACGAUCUCUCUCAUAUCAAGAAUCUAUUGAGACGAACAAAUCAGAAGAAAGAAGAAGUUCCUUUGAAGAAAAGAAUAGCUUAUUCAUUGGAUGUGUGUUUUUCAGUGUAUCCAUAUGCUAAGCUGCUUGCUCUUCUGUUGGCAACUGUAGUUCUUAUAGUUUAUGGUGGCUUAGCAUUGUAUGCAGUUAGUGACUGUGGGGUUGAUGAAGCCCUUUGGUUAUCGUGGACUUUUGUAGCGGAUUCGGGAAGCCAUGCUGAUAGAGUUGGUGUUGGAGCAAGAAUUGUUUCAGUUGCUAUAAGUGCAGGAGGUAUGUUGAUAUUUGCUACAAUGCUUGGACUUAUUUCUGAUGCUAUAUCAAAGAUGGUAGAUUCUCUACGGAAAGGGAAAAGCGAAGUUCUUGAAAGUAAUCAUAUACUAAUUCUUGGAUGGAGUGAUAAAUUGGGGUCACUUUUGAAGCAGCUGGCGAUAGCAAAUAAAAGCAUUGGUGGAGGUGUUGUGGUGGUGCUAGCAGAACGAGACAAGGAAGAGAUGGAGACUGAUAUUGCCAAAUUUGAAUUUGAUUUAAUGGGAACAUCAGUUAUAUGUAGAAGUGGCAGUCCACUUAUACUAGCUGAUCUGAAGAAGGUUUCAGUCUCAAAUGCGCGUGCUAUCAUUGUACUAGGAUCUGAUGAAAACGCGGAUCAGAGCGAUGCACGUGCCUUAAGGGUUGUGCUCAGUCUUACAGGAGUAAAGGAGGGUUGGAAGGGGCAUGUUGUGGUUGAAAUGUGUGAUCUGGACAACGAGCCAUUAGUGAAGCUUGUUGGUGGAGAACGCAUUGAAACAGUUGUCGCUCAUGAUGUGAUUGGACGCCUUAUGAUACAAUGCGCUCUUCAACCUGGCCUUGCGCAGAUAUGGGAGGAUAUUUUAGGCUUUGAGAACGCAGAAUUUUACAUAAAGAAGUGGCCUCAGCUUGAUGGUUACCGUUUUGAAGAUGUCCUCAUUUCAUUUCCUAAUGCGAUACCCUGCGGAGUUAAGGUUGCAGCAGAUGGGAAGAUAGUUUUGAAUCCUAGUGACGACUAUGUUCUGAAAGAAGGUGAUGAAAUACUUGUUAUAGCCGAGGAUGAUGACACUUACGCUCCUGGUUCACUUCCGGAGGUACGGAUGUGUCAUUUUCCAAAAAUGCAGGAUCCUCCAAAAUAUCCAGAGAAAAUACUAUUUUGUGGAUGGCGCCGUGACAUUGAUGAUAUGAUCAAGGUGCUAGAAGCUCUGCUUGCGCCGGGAUCGGAGUUAUGGAUGUUUAAUGAGGUUCCAGAUCAAGAAAGAGAGAAAAAGUUGACAGAUGCAGGACUAAAUAUAUCCAAAUUGGUGAAUAUAAAACUUGUGCAUAGGCAGGGAAAUGCAGUGAUCAGGCGUCAUUUAGAGAGUCUCCCUCUAGAAACUUUUGAUUCAAUCUUAAUUCUUGCAGAACAGUCACUAGAGAACUCUAUUGUUCAUUCAGACUCUCGAUCUCUUGCCACACUUCUCCUUAUUCGGGAUAUACAGUCGAAACGGCUUCCCUACAAAGAUGCAAAGUCAAGCGCCUUACGGAUAUCUGGAUUCCCCAAUUGCUGUUGGAUCCGUAAAAUGCAGCAAGCAUCAGAUAAAUCGAUUGUGAUAAGUGAAAUUCUUGAUUCAAGAACAAAGAACCUUGUAUCUGUGUCAAGAAUCAGUGAUUACGUACUAUCGAAUGAGUUAGUUAGUAUGGCUCUUGCGAUGGUCGCAGAGGAUAAACAAAUAAACCGUGUUUUAAAAGAGCUUUUCGCGGAAAAGGGUAAUGAAUUGUGCAUAAGACCUGCAGAGUUCUACAUAUAUGACCAAGAAGAGGUUUGCUUUUACGAUAUAAUGAGAAGGGCUCGACAAAGACAGGAAGUCAUAAUCGGUUAUCGCCUUGCGGGAAUGGAGCAAGCUGUGAUUAAUCCUACAGAGAAAUCCAAGCUUACAAAAUGGUCCCUUGAUGAUGUUUUUGUAGUCAUCGCCUCUAGUCAGUAAGUUACAAAAACCGUAGAUGAUCUCUGACCAUUUUCUUAGAAGAAGCAAGAAUCAUUCAAGACCCCAAUUUUUUCCACAUCUUGUUUAUUUAGUCACUACGAAACAGAGACAAUUAUUUGUAUAAUAAAUAACCAAACACUCUUAAAUAAAAUUAUGUAUCUUGU